GCCAGUUGGAUAGUUGGGAUGUGGUGUUUUUAUCAUAGAGUAACAUAAGGGCUUAUUUCUGUAGAGGCUAAGCACAAAUAAAUAAAAAAUUAUACAACAUUAAUUUUAUUGAUGUUAAUUACUUUCACUGAUUGAGAUGAAUAAAGGCCAACAUUAUGUAACGGAAGGAACAUAAUGGUUUUUAUGUUGGGACCAAAGAUAAGCUUAUCAGUAGAUAACAGCUAAGGAGCGGUCUUGCGAUAAGCAGUUCUCUGGGUGGCCUCUGCGGUCUAUUACACGGUCUUUUAUUUGUCACGUGGAGAGACAUCAGCUAUGUAAAGGCUGCGACAAGUACGUUCUUGCCCUUUUUCUGCGAACAAGCUCAGGGAGCACAUCUCGAAACUCAUUUUUGUCCCACCACCCCACACAACGCCUUCUUGGUUGUUUUCUAAUUUUGUUUUUAUUUUUGUGCGGGCGUAAUUUGCCCCCACCUAAUUUUUCCUGAGUUGAAAUGUCAUAGUGAUUUAUAACAGUGUGCUAUUGUGAUCACAACUUGUUAGUGAUUUUUGUCAAUUAAACGCCACUUAAGUGGCCAUUAAAAUCCAGCACGAUCUCUGUAUUUACUGACAGUAAGCGAAGGCCGUCGCAUGCACACAAAAUCGCUACGACGUAUUAUUAACCUGUUGAAAGGGCGUCCCAAUAUAAAACGUUUUUAUUAUAUAAAAGCCAGUGUUAUAACAUAACAAAAGUAAAGCACGCGCUCUGAUUGGUCAAUCACCCAUUUACUAUUUGCCCGUGGGUGAAUGGUUACGAAAGCUAGAACGCGCUCAAAGCCGUAGCCGUUACUUUAUAUCCGACUCUAUUUUUUCCCGUCAUAAAUUACAAAGAUCUUUUGUCUUAAUACUGAAAAAAAAAGGCUUAUUGAAGACCUUUAAGGAUAACGUAAAAGGUUUUGUAAUCCACAUUCAGAAGGAGCGUACUACUUAUUCAGCAAAGAAGAGGAUUUGCAAUGAAUGAUUUGCACACGUCAUAGCGCAAGCAGAUAAAAGAACUCACUUCAUUCCCCUGCAAUCUGUAAACAAAAUUAAAAGUUUUUCUCUUUUUAUUAUGUUAUAAAACAAAUGGUAAACGGCUCAGCGUGUACUAUUGAGUUAAAGUUGCACUUGGGGGGAUUGCUAAGCACUCAAGAAGCUAGAGUCACACUUGGCUAUCGCCUUGUGGGACUCUUACGCUUCUUUCAUGCCACAUGGUGAAAUAAGGUGUUUCCGCAAUUCGGAAAUGUUGCGGAAACCUGAUGGUUCAAAAUUCCGUCACGUUUCCGCAGGACGGAUACGACGGGAAACGUGUAAGAUGAAAAUGGAGGCAUUGUUUCGUGUUUCCGCAAGGUUUCAUUGUAGUGUAAAUUGCUCAGAGUAGAGAGCAAGAACCAAAUCUAAAGAUUCAAAAUAGUCAGGGUGACUAUUUUGCCAGACUAGACUGUUGCUGAAGAACAAAGUAAAUGUUAAUUAAAUGUUUAUCACAGUAGUCAUGCCACGGUGACUAAAUAUGUUUUUUUGGUGUUCAGAAAUUGACGAAUCGCACAGACGUGUUGGACAAGGCACACCCUUCUCCGGAUGACAAAGCCAAAACAAAGGCUUUAUUAGACCUACACAAGGCUAUCCAGGAGAGUGAACACAAUGAAGAGGGGGGCAGUGAUCCACCACCCAGGUACAUCAGGCCACUGUGCUCAGAGAGGUCAAAGUUAAGAAACAUCAAUGCUGUUCUUGACGCCUUUUGUGAAGCUUGCAUGUCAAAGAGGCAAAGAAAGAGCAGCUGGGAAAAUAACCAGAGAGGUUGA